AUGAAGAGCAACGCUGCAAAUCGAUUCAUUAGUGUAAUUCGCACCGUACUCUCCGAGCAUCCAAACGAGGCAGACCGCAUUCUGAAUGCCUACGGCAUCACCGAAGAUACCCCUGACGAGACAGCCACAUCCUCAAUCCUCAACUACAUAAAUGGCAUUGCACUCUUCGCCCCAACUCUAUCAUUUGCCCGAGGAUGGUUCUUCAGCGCAUUUGUAUACUACUUCAACGAAGGCAAUCCCUGGGAAGGACCCAUGAAAGGCCGCGCAAACCAUAUCCUCGAUCGGGCAUAUUUAUUCCAGAACUUUCGCGAGUUCCUCACCCUCGCGCAGUCAGGAAGUGGGAAUCGCUUUUGCAGAAGACGUGUUCAAGUUUUGUUACGCCCGGGCGCCAUGGCCUGCUGUCACUCAGGGGAAUAUUGA